AUGUCUGCCAACCCUGGUUCGCGCACAACAUUCAAUGAGACCAGCACAACCACCAACACUGGAUCCAGUGGUACCUCUGGUGAAACCAGCCCAGCCUCCAAGGCUGGAUCCAGUGUGACCUCCACUGGGAGGAGCACAGCCUCCAACCCUGGAUCCAGUGGGACCUCCAGUAGAACCAGCACAACCUCCAACCCUGGAUCCAGUGUGACCUCCAGUGGUAAAAGCACAGCCUCCAACACUGGAUCCAGUGAGACUUCCAGGGGGACCAACACAGCUGUCAAUACCGGAUCCAGUGCUACCUUAGGAGGUUCAGGCCCACCUUCUCCAAGUGGAAUGCACACAACUCCCAACAGAAAAAGUACAAGUGCUACAACUUCUAUAAGUAAAUUGGGGCCAGAUGGGUCCCUGAAGCCAUGGGAAAUCUUCCUUAUCACUCUGGUCUCGGCUGUAGUGGCUGUGGGAUUGUUUGCUGGGCUCUUCUUCUGUGUGAGAAACUCCCUGACCCUGAGAGAUGUCUUUGACACAGCUGUCUACCACCCCCAUGGCCCCCAUCUUGGCCUGGGCCCUGGAGAGAGUCAUGGAAUCCACCAUAGGCCUAGGUAUAGCUCUAACUGAUUCUGGAGGAACCCAGUAUCCUCAGUAACCAUGGAGGUGAGAGGGAAAUACAACGGACCCUGA